AUGAACAAUAAAGAUAUUCCUAAUGAAGAGUCAGACGAGAAAAAUUCAUCUAAUUUAAAACCAACAUCGAAAAUUCUCGAAAAAAAAGAUGACCGUAUUUUAAAGCAAGUUCCUCUUCAACUGCAUUCAGCUCAACAAGAAAUAAAUAAUUUGCGUCUAUUAAAUAUUUGUCUUCAAUCAACCUUAAUUCGUGUUCAAACUCAAUUAAUUGAAUAUUUACCAGUUAAUAUUCAUGAUGAAAUAAAACGAAAUCAAACAAAACAAAAAUUAGUUUUAUUACGUCAAACCGAUGAUCAUAGUCGACGAAUAAUUCAUUCUCAGCAAAUAUCUUUUCUUCAAUUAAUUAAUAAUUUUAAAAAUCUAUUAGAUUUUAAUCAAGAAAAAGUUCCAAAUAAAGAAAUUCCAAUAGCAAAAAAUGAAAAACAAAUUGAUAUUUUACACGAAAUGUUUAACGAAUUGAAUACUAUAAUACAUACUGAACAUAACGAUAGAAUUUGUCAACUCUAUAUAACAUUAGCAGAAGCAUCUAGUUCAGUAGUCGAUGCACGUGAAAUUCUUGAUCAAACCAUUCAUGCACAUGGAAUCAUAACACAACGAAAAAUAAAACGAACAAUUUUUUAUAUAUGUAUUGGAUUUACUUUUAUUUCAAUAUUUACAUUUAUUAUUAUAAUAUCUAUUCGAAUGCAUUAA